UGUGUCAAGAACUCCAAUGCUUUCAAACAGAAUGCAAGCACAGUUUGAUGCAAGCUCUCAGUACGUGAUGUUCACUCGAGUUCGUGUUAAAAAAAUAUAAAAAAGUUAAUAUCCAAAAGAGCAAAUACUCCGCAACUUUUUCAAAUACUUAAUUUGUGGCUUAAUAUUAUAUACAAAAAAAAAAUUUGUUAAAGAAAUGUCAAAUCAUUUGAUAAACCAAUUAAUCGUGAUCGCUUUGGCGAUUCAGCUCAGGCAACUCUACGUAGCUGCCGACAUACCGAAUUGUGCAUUUCGAGACACCGUUAGCCUGGCAAAAAUACGAUCAAAUUCAGAUGGUUCAUAUACUUAUCAGGGCUUACGCAUACCCCACAACAUGACAGCCGCCUAUAGCUAUGAUGAACUCUCCAAUGGCACACGUGUUUCAGUACCAAUACACAUCAGGGGUUGUGCCUGUAAGCUGAAGCAAUGCAUACAGCUCUGUUGCUCGCCCAACGAGCUGUUGGACGACAAAACCAAAAAAUGCACUAAUAGGGACACCCGUGCUUACCCUAGGAUUAACAUUUUAACGGCAGAAGAAAAGUUUAAAGAAAUGAUCGACGUAUUUGAGGAGUUCGUACCGCAGCAGCGCAUGCCUUGUGAGGAGUUCAAAAUUCUCAACUCGGUACUGGUCGAAGAUUACAAUGUUCUCUAUGAGGACGGCACUAUUUUUUACGUGGUUAAAAGUAAAUAUAUAACAUAUCGUGAUUUUUGCCUAACACCCUUUCUGUACAACAAAACAUGGAAGUUGAAUCCUGUCGAAUGUUUUAAGAAAAUCCAAAUGACGACUUAUAUGUAUAUGACACUAUUAACUAUGUCGGUGCCGUUCCUCUUGGCCACAAUUUGGGUGUAUUUAUACGUGCCUCAACUACACUGUCUGCACAAUAGCUGUCUCGUCUGUUUCCUUGGCACUUUUGCGGUCGGCAGUUUAAUAUUGUCGUCGGUGUUGUGGAUCAGGUACAGUUGGGAAGCCUGUCAAGCAAUGGGUGUCCUAUGCUAUUUCUUCAUGAUAUCUGCUUUCUUUUGGCUGAAUAUUACUUGUUUCGACCUAUGGUUGAGUGUACGUGGCAUCAGAUAUGAGCUUCAGCCGAGCAGUCCCCGUUUGCGUUUCGUUUACUAUUCGAUUUAUGUGUGGUCAGCAGCAGCGAUUUUUGCACUUAUCGCUAUAACUAUUGAAUAUACAAACAUAAGCGACGCUUGGAAGCCAGGUUUUGGAAAUGGUCAAUGCUUCAUAAAAUCAAGAGACUGGUCAGCAAUGCUAUAUUUUCAAGGUCCAAGCGGUUUGUUGAAUUUAUUUAAUGUUUUCUUUUUCACAAUGAGUGUUAUAAAUUUGUAUCAAAUCAAAGAAGAUUCAUAUGAGCUCAAGAAAGAGACGAGUCAACAGUACAAACUUUCAACAUUUCUACGCUUAUUCCUGGUAAUGGGUGUUUCAUGGAUUCUGGAGGUUUUUACCUACUUGUUUGCAAAUAAUAAUUCAUUUAUCAUCGUAAUAAUCAAUACGUUGAAUGCCUCACAGGGCAUAAUAUUAUUUAUUGUGCUUGUGCUGAAGCGAAGAGUAUUAAUUUUGCUGAAGAAUCGGUGGAACAGAAGUAUAUGAUGAGGAGAUUCAUAGGGCAAAAACCCGCUACAAUUAUACAUACUUGUAUAAGGUAAAAUAAGUAGACAUAACUGCACAUUUUCGAUAGCUGUUUACUAUUUCAUUCCGUACUGAUUACGAGUACAUCGAUUUAGUGACGAAUUGCGGUUAUGCCUCACAAAUAAAGCAAUUAAAAUAUCUGACUUACUAAAUGAGAAUAAAUAUUCCGUUAGUUAAAUAUCUAAAGACAAUAUUUUCGAGCAUAUAGAAUAUAAAUUUGUUAAAGCAAAACAAAUAAUGAUGUUAAAAUGUUAAAUUUACUUAAAUUACAACUUUGUGGGUAUCAGUUGUUCUACGUUUACCCAGUAUAUCAGAUUGUAUGUUAUGAGUUAUCAGAAACAUGACGUUCAGAAAUUUUAUAUACGAAACUAUCAAAUUUUUAAUUAAGUAUAUGUGAACUCACUUCUAACAGAGGGUAGUUGACAUUUUAUAUAAAAAAUAAAUUUUAAUACUUUCGUAAA